GAAGGCGAAAUCGCCGCUUAUUAUGGGCGCUAUCUGCACUCUUUACGCGUACCCCGUGGAGACCGUUCGCUUAUACAAUCUGCCAUCAACUUGAAGGAACUUUAUCUAUUACACGACCAGGAUCUCACUUUCAAUUUCAUACGCACUCUCCCGUUAUCCAUGGAACAUAUCGCCUGCACUGCAUCAUCUGGACAUUACCAAGCCAUUCUUAACGUUCUUGAGACGAAGGGUGGAGGUAAAUACUUGAAGAACCUUAAGACAAUUUCUCUUUAUCGUCACUCAAUGGAUCUAUCCCCCUAUAGUUGGGACCUACUCAUCUCUCAGGCAAUGUCGGUAAACGUGAACAUUAUAAGACAGGAGCAGCGCAGUUUUUUGGUUGGCGGUGUAGCAAUAGAGGAUGAGUUGACUGUUUCUAUACCUCCUCCACGCAGUAGGGAUCCUAGUCCGUUCAGAGAAUCCAACGGUUCAAUCACACCUUACUCCAGGUCAAUAGACCCCUCUCGUUCAAGCCUCGGACUUCGUCAGCCAAUCCGCCUGGACCAACCCAUGAAUGUUCCACGAGCAUGGGAUUAUGAAAAUGACAAGCCACUCGAACGUAUCGUCCUCGAUGACCCACCCAGCCCCGAGAGGUCAAGAUUAGAAAAGUGGGGGCGUGUACGCAAGUCUUUGGGUGCAAUUUCGCGUCGAUUUGGUAGUAAUGGUUCAUAA